AUGGAUCGUUCUACAAUUUCAUUGAUUUUGCAUGAACUUAACUUAAAUGAGAAUUCAGUGGCCAAUAUUUACAAUUAUGGUUCAUGGGUAUAUGGUACCAAUUCACCUACAUCUGACCGAGAUCUUAUGAUUGUAACUCGAUCACCUUAUCAAAAUCCACUACAAUUUAAUGAUGAUUUCGAUUAUUUUCAUCCAUUUGACUUACAUAAAUUAUGGAAUCAAUAUGAUGUUUGUGUUCAUAGUGUGGAAAAUUUUGAAAAACUAUUAGAAAAAAACUAUUUACUUGCUAUUGAAUGUAUAUUUUUACCUGAUGAAUUUAAAAUCAAAGAAGAAAUUGAUUUUCGUCCAAUUUAUCUGGAAAAAUAUUAUAAUACAUAUCGAUUAAAACAAGUCGCAUUUUAUGAAAAUCUCACAGCUAUAAAUAUGUAUAAUUUAGAUGACAAUUCAAAUUAUCCACAACGUAGUUCACGAUCAAGUCAAACAAGUCAAUCAAGCAAAGAUUAUUUAUUCAAAAUUUUAUUUCACGGCUUUCGAUAUUUAGAUUUCGCUGAACAAUUAAUUCAAACACGUUCAAUACAUAAUUUUAAACGUGUAUCACAUAUAUUCAGUGAAAUGAAAGAUAUACAUGGUGAUCCAACAGAUGAUUCAAAUAUGCAAAAUGUCCUUAAUUUUGUUGAAAAUUUAAGUACUCAAUAUAAAAUAAGAUUAGAUGCACUUGUACCAACAAAUAUUGUCAAAGGUACCUUCGAAGCACACAUUACAUUUGAUUGCACACAUAAUACUGAAGAAGUUAUUGAAAAAAUUCAAAAACAAUGUGAAAAUACGAAAUAUAAAAUUAUAUUUAUUGACUUGGAUACUAAUCAACAAAAAGAUAAACUUCAACAAUUAAUGACAUCAUCAUAUCAUUGUGGUGAAUAUCCAUCAAUUGUUAAAAAAAUUGAAGAAGAAGCAUAUAAACAUUUUCAAGAUUUUAAUAUUAUACGUAUUAAAAUUGAAUCAUUAGCAUCGAAUGAAGGUGUACCACAAACAGAUAUUGAAAAAAAAUUAUUUUGGAAUAAAGAAACAAAUUAUUUUGAAUUUCAUUACAAAGUCUUGAUAGAAAAAGAUCAUAAAGGACAAAAAUUAGAAAAACUUCGCAACAUAUGUCAAUCAAAUUAUAACUUUCAUUUACAUGUAUCACAGAAUGCAUUUAAACAACUAGAUGAAAAAGAAUCUUAUUAUAUGAUUACAAUGCGUCUAUUUGAUGUUGGUCGAGAAAAAGCAUUUCAAAACAAUAAUGAAGUAGUAGAAUAUUUGACAAAAAAUAAUUUUCCACCAAUUAAAGUCAUUCGUGAAUUUGUUGUUUAUGAUACACAUAUUGAACUUGAUAGUGCAUGGAAAUAG